AUGUUUGAAUGUAACGACAAGUCGGCCCUCAUGAGGUUCGAACAAGCCGAGCUAGACGACCCUAGCCCACGAAAGGAAGUGAACGGACGGGUGAUUCAUAUUACUCGCAUGGACAGUUACGCCCAACCACGCCAAUAUCGGGCCCCCGAAGUUAUUCUUAAAGUCCCGUGGGGCCCCAAGAUCGACAUUUGGAACGUCGGGUGCUUGAUAUGGGAUAUGUUCGAAGGCCGCAAUCUAUUCGAUGGAAUUGACCGGAAAGAUGGUGUUUAUCGAGGAAGGGCUCACCUUGCUGAGAUGAUUACCCUGCUGGGGCCACCACCGGCCGGAUUUAUCAACCGCGGUAACCAUGAGAACAAGUUCUUUUCUGAAUCAGUUAAAGGCCAAUGGAUCGCAGACACUGAACCCUUGCCCCCCAAGACACUGGAGUAUCUGGAGACAUCAUUGGAGGGCGCGGACAAACAGCUGCUUUUACAGCUUAUGAGGAAGAUGUUGCAGUGGGCGCUGGAAGAUCGCAAGACGGCGAAGGAGCUGGCGAAGGAUCCGUGGAUCAUAAAGCAUGGAUUGGAUUGCGUAUGA